AUUUAACAUACUCUUCGAACCUUCGAUAUUAUCACUUGCUUCUUCCUUUAUUCAUAUAUUUUUGUCUACCGUGUAUAUGACCGCGAAGUUAAAAGUAAGACUAGAGGGCCUCCCAGAGCUGCGCAAACCAGUUGUACGAUGGCUAUGGGAAAACGAAGAGGUAUACAUACAGCAUCCGGUAACUCCGCGAUGUUUGGCUCAUCAACGAAUAAUUUACGGUCGAGUCGUUUGAACUUCCGUCCAAAUUCAACUCAGGAGGACAGGGGCGGAACUCGACCAACAGCUGCACCAAGCUCUAUAGGACUUAUACUUGUAACGAUGUUUUUACAUGUUUGUAAGAAAUCAUUAUUAUUCGAUACAAGAUUAAAGAUUGCUAUAUAUUGCGGUGCAAUCUUCGUGGUAUCACUGAUAGCGGACUUUAUCACAAUGCCGAGGACAUAUUUUUCACGUUCGGAUAAUGUAUUGAAUCAGUACUUUGUGAAGUGGGGAUGGGGAUGGUUGUUGACCGUAACUAUUCCAUGGGUCGCAUUAACCGCACACACGCUUGGCUGUGGUCGCAGAUCAAUUUUAUUGAAACAUCUUGCUAGAUUAGGUUUAGCCACGAUCGCGUGGAUGCUAUGGAUUAAAUUAUUUAAUUACAUCGAAACGAAUUACGGUCGAUGCCUUAGCACAAAAGACAUGCAAUUUCAAACAAAAGCGAAAUGUCUUCAAUCCGGUAAAUUUUGGAGUGGCUUCGAUAUAUCCGGACACACGUUUAUUCUAAUAUAUUCUAGUUUAAUCCUGGCGGAAGAAGGUUCUUCGUUGGUCGGGUGGGAAGGUAUCAAAGAUUUAGUUAUGCGCGAGGAACACUCGCGGACUACCCCUAAUGAACCUAGUACCGGACCGCUUCGAAAUCUUUCCAAUUCUGAUUUAGAAUUUUUAAAGAAAGCACACAAAGCGCUUACACCAUAUCUAAGAGGCCUUUUCGUUGUAAUGACUCUGCAGCAGUUACUUUGGGAUAUUAUGUUAAUAUCUACGAUGCUCUAUUACCACAUUAUGAUUGAAAAAUUUCUCGGGGGUGUAGCUGCUAUUAUAACGUGGUACGUUACUUAUCAAUGGUGGUACAAGUCGGGAAAAAGUUCGCUGCCCUCACCUGGUGAUGGUUUAUUUAAAUACAAUGAGGUAAAAAUUCAUGACACUGGUUCGGUUAAGUCCAAACGUAGUACGCUUAAUGGUACCAAUAGAUUCAUGGGGCUUCCGAUUCGGACGAGUCAGGAUUACAUGGAUAUCAAUAGACAAUUAGAUCCCGAUUUAACUAGUUCAAGAAUAUAAAAAUUACUUAAUAUUUUCUAACUUUUAGUUUUUAUUUAUUUAAUUGUUUAAAAUCGUAUGCAUCCCUAAGGGUUACCUUUUAGUUUUAUUUUGGUUGAAUUAUUGGUUAUUUUUAAAUAAAAAGGGAUAUUUAAUUGUAUGUACAAUAGGUAUAUUAACCGUUUGAGUCCCAGGGGUCAUUGAAAAAACACUGUCGAAAAGUACCGAACAGCGCAAUAGCGUUGCUAUAAACCCAAUCCUGGGUCUUUUCGACAUAAAAUCCUAAGUGCGAUCGCGCUGCUUGAGACUCAAACGGUUAAAUGUAACCGUAUUCUGAAACGCUUACAGUUGUUUACGACAUUCUUCAUCAUAUUCACAGACUUAAUUUAUGCAAAUUUUUUAAAAUUAUAAAGUCUAAAAUAUUUAAAUUUGUCGAGUAGCUUUGUGAAGUAUUUGCUUAUAUUUCUGAACGAAUUACACGUAUUUAUUUGAGUACUAUUUUCUUAUAAAAAAGAAAAAAUGAAAAAAAAGGAAAAGAAAUUGAGUAUCGCGAUCUAUCGCACCCCAAUGUGUACAUAAUGUAAUUAAAUGACAUAUGUAUUUUUGUAUCUCUUUAUGGAUUGUUAAAUCAAUAACUAUCUAGUAUA